AUAGGGUCUACGAGUUCACAAGUCUGUGUUACAGGUGCACAAAUCCUAUCCUGCACAUCACAACUUCAAAGAGUCAUGCUACAAUCAUUGCAGCGCAGUUGGUGCAAAACACAUUCCCACACCCGUGUUUCAUAAUCUGUGAACAUGCACAAAACCGUAAACCCACUAAUGAAACUAAUGCGCCACUGGUUCUAAGAUAUUCUCAAACACAAUAAUUAUUUUUUGUUUUAUUUUGUUCUCCAGAUUAAGGAACCGUGUUCUGGUGGCAGUUUGUUGAAAUUUGAACAUCAAUGUCUGGUGAUACUGUCAGACCGCCCAAUAUAGCUAAUAAAAUGGCAUGGCAACCUCAGAAAUUGGCCGCCAUGUUCAAAGUUGUCACAAUCAAUAUUACAUAUCCACAGGCCACAGAUUAUGUCCAAUCAUCAUGAAACUUGCCAUAUAUGAUCUUCAGACCAAGCUGAACAAAUGUGCCAAACAACUUUUUCUAAUUCAAAUCCGUUUGGCCGUGACAGCCAAUCAGACUUGACGGCAAAGCCGCCAAAUAGCAAGUAAGCCUGUUCUCAGCAUCUUUUUAACAUAUCAUAGCCAAACUUGGAACAUAGACUCAUGACAUCAUUCUGGGGACAUCCAAACAAUUUGGUGACCUUCGAUCUCAGGGGGACGACAAACAGGAAGUGAGCUCAUUUCUCUGCAAGGACUUCCUGCAUCCAAACCAAACUUGGCUCAUAGUCUUAUGAGCGGAUGCUUGUUUACAUUGUGUCUCUGUUAGAGAUAUUGUUCCAAAUACCCCUAUGUAUUUGUGUCACUGUCGGGCAGACGAUAAUGCGGCCUUAACACUAGGUUGGGUAAUUUUUCCAUUUGGUAAACAUUGAUGCGUACUCGCAUAAUGCUCUAGUGUUCAUUCCACCAGCCGUCGUUAUUACCGAUUACCGAGACGGUCGUCAUGUAGCCACCUAACCGAUUACGUCUGUCCGGCAGAAUUAGUUUAUCGAGUCCCAUUAUGCACCUAGCCGAUUACGUCCGUCCGAUUAAUGUUACGGUCGUCAAGUAGCCACCUAGCCGAUUACGUCCGCCCGGCAGAUUAGUUUAUAGAGUCCCAUUAUGCUUGACAACCACAUUGCUGCAUGCAAUUAUAUUUAAUACUAUUAUUAUUAUAUACUUAAAAAAAAUAAAUGCUUACUGGUUAUUUUUAGGUCAGAUUUAAGGAUGAAGAUGAGUCUAGUUCUGUAUGAUGACACAGCUGCUGCAUAUGUUGGCUUGCUUCUUUACUUGGUGAAACACAAACAAAGAGGGGAAUAGUGAGGCAUACAAUUCUGCUGAUUCACAUCAAAUCAAACAAUACCCAGGACAGCUUGCAAGACUAGGCAAAAACAUCUCUAUCCCAUACUCCUGUCUGUAUUAACCCUAAAUAUCUUCUCAACCAGUGCACCCGGACUACAUCUUCCCUCUGGUGCUGACCUCCGCCACCCAGGAGCUCUUUGGGUGCCGUGCUGACGAGGACCUCACAGAGGCUAGCCCUUACAAACUGCUGAAUAAAGAAGAUGUGGUGCAGGACAUGAAGACCAGGGCGGCAGUGUCAGAUUUCAGUCCCGUCAAGCAGUUUGUUCUGGACUACCCAGAUGAUGAGAUCCUGCUGGUGUUUGACAGGGAGUUCACCUAUGGGCAGAGCUUCUACCUGGCUCUCACACCUGAGGCCAAAGAAAGAAUCCUCCAUACACCGCAGGCCGCGGAGGCGCAGCCGGGAGAGGUUCAAGGGCAGGAGGAGUUGGUGGUGAAGAGCCCAGAGCCUCAGGCCUGGAUCCCUCUGGGAUCGGAGCUGGAGAUAGAAGAAGAUUCCACCAAAUUCUCUAGAGACAAGCUGAGAUACAGGGUCUCCAGGGCACGGAGGGACUUUGGAGCUCCCGUGAGUUUCUCUGACCACGUCGCGGUUGAUGACAUCCACAAGUGUGUCUCAUUCAAGGAUGAAAAGUUCACCAUCAAACUGAUGGAAAAGGAGUGCGAGGUUCAGGCCAUUCCCAUUCUAUCUAACAGCAGCGCUCAGACACAGUGGGAAUAUCCAAAGAAUAUGUGCACACAGUACGAACCGAGAGGGUUUAGUAUGGAAGAGAAAGAAAACUAUCGCCAAUCUGAGAAGCUGAGAAAGUUUAUGAACACAGUGGCCCCCAGUGUUUUCAGGGCCCUCCAACAGAACCACAUAAUGGACGUGUUCGUGGACGACUGGAGGACCCUGGGCGAAGAUGUGGGUGGGAAGGUGGAUACCCACCUCAAGGAAUACCAGUCCUUCACCGAUCUCAACUACAGCAAAGAUAAGACCAUCAGCCACAUCAACUGGCACCCCAGCAUCAAUGGUAUUGUGGCAGUGGCCAUGGUGGAGAGGGCCUCCCUUGAGGAACGCAUCGACAACUCCACUAAGCUGCUCCUAAAGCACCCCCUCGUUCUUUUCUGGAGUUUCUCUGACCCCAUCAAACCACAGUUGCUGCUGGAGUGCCCAGAUGAUGUCUUGGCCUUUGAGUUCUGCCCCUCUGAUCCAAAUAUUAUUGUUGGCGGCUGCAUGAACGGCCUGGUUGUCCUAUGGGACAUCUCCGCCCAUGUGGAUCGCCUGCAGGGAACACGUCCCUCUGGUGGCCGGAGCACCUCGGUCAGCACCGAAACUUUCGACCUUGAAGAAAAAAGGAAGAAUGACGUCCCUGUGGUGCACUACUGUGCCAUCUCUGCCAUUGAGAGCGGCCACAAAGCACCAAUUACAGACGUCCAGUGGCUUCCAGAAACCUUUGAGGUCAGUCGGAUGGGCGUACCGCUGGUAAACCCCAACACCGCGUGUGUUCAGCUUGUCACCUGCGCUCCUAACUGCUCCUUGAUGUUCUGGGAUAUCCGGGCUCAGAGGGUAGGGGUGCAGCCCCUGUCUGACAAGAAGCAGAGGGUGGAGGACAACCCCUACAGCGUCCUGGACACCUUCAGCCACCUGAACCUCACCUGGAAACCGCUGUUAAAGGUGACUCUUCCGAGGAUUGAUAGUAGUGCAGCACGGCUCCCAUACAGCCCCUUGAAGUUCAGCUUGCAACACAACUGCCGGGACAGACUCGCAGAAAGAGGCGAGACCCCCCUGGAUUACAGUAACCUCCGAGUGACUUCAGCAAAGAACCCCAAACCUCUGGGAGACUUCAACACCAAGUUCUAUGUCGGCACAGAGGACGGGGAGCUGAUCCACACUGACUGGAAGCUGGAGAAAGAUAAUGACUCUGGGAGGCUGUUCAGUUGCAAACCAUUGACAUAUGUAAUAGCCCAUGACGGCUUGAUAAACACAGUGCAGCGGUCUCCCUUCUUCAAAGAUAUUAUUCUCACUGUGGGGGGUUGGACCUUCGCUCUAUGGAAGGAUGGAGUCAUGGAAGGUGCACUCAUGCAGUCUCCGUGCUCUGAGACAAAAUACACAGUGGGCUACUGGUCCCUGACGCGGCCGGCCGUGCUCUUCAUCGGCCGGGCAGAUGGCAGCAUGGAGGUGUGGGACCUGCUGGAGAAGAGCCACGAGCCCUCAGAGGUUCAGAACAUCACCAUAGACAGCAUCACUUGCAUCAAGCCCUUCUUCUCCAAGCUGCAUUUCCUGGCUCUGUCUGAUGACCUUGGGACCCUCCAUGUGGUUCAGAUCCCAUGGACCCUCUAUAACCCCAGCAGCAAUGAGAAACUAAAAAUUGGGAAGUACUUAGAGAAGGAGGUAGAGAGACUGCUUUACUUCAUGAAGAGGAGGGAGAUGCGAGGGCAGGAGAAGAACAGCAUGGAGGCCGAAGAACAAAGGAAGAAAAUGGUGAGUCUGACUGAUGGUAAAAUAUAGUUUAGUGGU